AUGACAUCCGCAACCAUGAGCGAACCGCAGGAUGAUUUCUGGCUAUUUGGCUAUGGAAGCCUGAUAUGGAAGCCUCCACCACAUUUUGACCAACGCCUUCCUGGCUAUAUUGAAGGCUACGUUCGGCGGUUCUGGCAGAAGACUAUGGCCAAGAGCAGGGAGAUAACGGUCGCAUUCCAAGACCACCGCGGCACGCCCGAAGCGCCAGGCAGGGUCGCGACUCUGAUUGACCGCGCCCAUUGGGAGACGUUGACCGACCAUCACGACGCCCCCGCCGAAAAGGUCUGGGGCGCAGCAUACCACAUCCCGGCUUCGCACGCCGCCGAGGUCCGCGACUAUCUCGAUAUCCGCGAGAUCAAUGGGUACAGCAUCCAAUACACGCCGUUUCACCCUGCUGCCGGGUCCACGGGCUCCGCACCCAUCCACUGCCUCGUCUACAUCGGACUCCCGGAGAAUCCGCAGUUCGUGGGGCCGCAGGACCCGCAGAAGCUGGCCGAGCACAUCGUGCAGAGCAAAGGCCCCAGCGGCGAGAACAAGGAGUACUUGUAUAUGCUUGAGCACGCGCUGCUCGAGCUGAGCGCCGAGAGCGGCGACGAGCAUAUUACAGACUUGGCGGCGAGGUGCAGGCAAGUCGAGGCGAGACAGGGGGCAGCGAAGGGAGCUGACGGUGCCGUGCCCGUCGGGCACCCACUGCAUAGGAUUGGAAGUACGGAAGAGCAGGAAGAGGUAGAGAAAUAG